CGCAGAGUCGAUGGUUGUUGAAGAUUUGAAUAUUUUACUUCACAACACAAGUUUAGCAGCGGCCGAAAAGCUGCUUAAAUAUGAUAUUAUGAACAACGAAUCUCCUUUUUAUCAUUUCUGAAUAAAAGUGUUGCUACGGAGCUUUCCUCUGAGAUUGUCAACAUGAAGUGUUUGAAAGCGGAAGAGUACAUCAAACGGACUGCCUCUGUGAAAGACACGAAGCUUUUAUUUCGUGAACUGCAGGAGUUUGUAAAGAGUAACCCAGGCAUUCAGGGCCGCACACUGUGUGACAGGGUCAUCAGAGCCUGUAACCAUCACCUUGGAGCUGGGUCCCCUGACUAUGACCAUGUUAGUCAUUUGGUACAGCUGGUGGAGCUCUCCCUUCAAGGCUAUGAUAUUUCUGCAGCAGCUGUUGCCCAGAGCAGUCCUCUGUACAUGGAAAAGAUCAUUUUCCAUAUUGUCAAGAAUUUAAGCUCCCAAGGACCUCAGAGUUUAUGCAGCCAUGUAGCUGGGUUACUUUACAACAGGCUUACAGCCCCAGCCCAACAGGCUGAGGACUACUGCGUCCUCGUGCGAAGCUGCUUCUCCGUGCUCUGGAACGGACUCUCUGCCUCCAAAGACAAGAAAAUAUUGAAUCCUCGAGACCAACUCCACUGCCACAUACAAGCCCUGGGCUUCCUCCUGCUGUUGGACACAGAAAAUGCAACUACCUCUAUCUCAAAAGCUCCUAUUUACACAGAGGAUGCCAUCAAUGAAUUUGAGACCAGUUGUGGAGUGAUAACAAAGGAAGAUGCUUCUUUCCUUCUGCAGGAAAUGCACGCACUUUUCAACAACUGCUGGACCAGUACUCAAGACUUUGAGAGGGAUAGGCUCAAGCACUCUACUAAGCGAUCAUGUUUGUAUGUGCUUUCUGAAAUGGUGCUGGUUAUAGUUAAGAUGCUUUGUAAGGCCGGACACCACGAUCUGGCCUCCACCUUCAUGAAUGAAAUUGAGAGCAAGAUCAAAGACCAUGUUGACUGUCAAUGUACCGCUGUGGUGCUUGGGAAAUGGGCACUGAAAAUUCAUUCAACGAUGAAGGCUGGUGGAGAGAGCGGCCAGGCUUUGAAAGAAUGUGCAAGAGCCUUGAGGUCUCUUUCAUCUGACCUGGGGGACCAAGAAGCCCAUGCACUUCAGGAGGGAUGCGGACUGGUCAUGUGGGCUGUGGAAAGUGGCGAUUCUAAGGGGUUAAGUGGGCCUUUGCUUCUGGCUUGGUUUUCAUUUCUUGAGGAGUACCAAGAACUCAUAUUGAAGAUGUUAAAGAAGGAUGGGAAAUGCCAGGCAGAGAGCAGCAGACUUCAACAGGCUCUUUGCUUCAGUAUUUACCAGGGGUUCGUUUUCGCUUAUGAGAGCAUGCUCGCAUCACAGCUGGAGGACGGUGACACGCUGGAAAGAGUGCUGCUGUACUGCCAAGCUACUGUUGGACUAAUGAUGACAGAACUUCGAAAAUUGCCCAGUGAAAACCUCCUUAUCAAAGCAGUGGUCGCUGUCAGCAACUUGGCUUGUGGAUUGUACAACCGGCGUCUCUACAACGAGGGCUUCACCCUGGUUGAGAUCCUCUGCAGAGAUUUAUCCAAGAAUGUCCCCGUCUCGCUUUCUGUGGACAGACUGAGCAGACUCUUCAUGCUGGCCGUGCAGACGUCUCGGCGGGCCGGACAUCUGGCUCGAGCACUGGACUGGGUGAUCAUGUGGCUGAAGACUCUGGGGGACAAAAUCACUACUCAUAUGGCUGAACCGGUCUCUCUGUGGGUGAAAACAAAGACUGACGCUGCCCGAAAUUCUGAGGAAGACAUCCGUCUCAGGACUUUACAUGACGGUUUUUGUCCUGAUGUCCCUGAUGAGCGAAUAAUGCUUUGCCUCUUGGAGGAGGAGCUGCGUGCCUAUAAGGAGGUGGCAGGAGACACAUCUCAGGAACGUUACAACACUCUGUGUGAUCUGUUGGACAUCUGCCACGAGGAGAGCUCUCACACUCACCUACGUGCCGUGUACCUCUGUGAAAUGGCCCAAGUUGUGUGUUACCAGGAUUUCAGUGAGCAGACUGACUGCUCAGCAGUUGAUUUUACCCAUGAGGCUUUGCGACUCCUGGAAGAAGAACCAGAAACUCCAGAGAAUUCUGAUAGACUGAAGGAUGACAGAGCCCAUGCUUCACUUUGGCUCUUUAUCUGCACCCUUGAGAAGAAUCUCCAGGAGGCAAUCGAGAGAGACAAAAAACAGCGAGAGUUACGUGAGCAGAUCCGAUGUGCAGCCAAUCCCAUAGGAACCAAUGACUUUGAUUAUGAGGACAAGCAGAAAACACAAGAAAGCUUCAUGGUCUAUGAAGGCCUGCAUUUCAACCUGGCUGCAGAGAACAAGUUGUGCAAGCCUUUGGAAAGAGCCCUGGAUGAAUGGUCAACACUUCUGCAGAGUGAAGUCCUUCCUUCUGUCAGAAACCCCAAGCAGACCUGCAGCUCCAUUGCUUUGACUGCGACUCUCUUCAAGCUUAUGGGAAAGCCUCUGAAGGCAUUGGAAGCCUACCAACUGACUAUUGGACUUUCCCGACAACUUGCUGAUGCCCAUGGAUGUGCCAGCUCCCUCUGUCAAUCUGCCAGUAUUCUUUUGGAUAUCGGAACCCCUGAACUGGCUUUGGCACAGCUUGAGCAAGCAGAAACCUUCCUUACCUCGGACUCCACUGCUGAUGGACCCUCUUCUCUGUCUAUGCUGACCGUUCUAUUGAAAGCUCAAUACUGCUACAUCACAGGACAGGUUAACCUUGGGGUGCCUUAUCUGUGUAAGGUGCUUAAAGAAGUGAAUGAGCAGAGGCAGUCAAAGAGUUGGUACCUGCUGCGGGCUCGAGUGCUCCAGACCUGCAGCUCCUAUCUUAGUUUGGACACGACUGCACUGCCACAAGCCCAGAGAAGUCUCAUCACUCAGCCUGGUAUAAACGGCCCAGACACUGCCUUGUACGAGAGUCUGAAGCUUCUCUGCAGCCUGCUGGUCACUUUAGUGGGGAAAGGCCUUUACGGGACAAACAGCGGCAACGCAGACAUGCGCUUUAUUGACCAAGGAGAUAACCUGGUGCUGAAGUGGCAGCUGCUCUCAGAGCUGUUAAAAUGCUCUAUGAAGAUGGUGGCCGUGAGGAGCAGCUGUGGGGCCAUCAAUGAUGCAAGGCUGCAAUGCCUAGAAGCUCUCAAACUUGCCAUCAAGCUCCAAGCACUCAGCCAAUGUGCUGAGCUGCUUGUGAUGAAAGCUGAGUUAGAGCUGAUCCAGGGGGAGGAAGAAGAAAGUGGAAUUGAUUUAGACAAAGUCAGAAACCUUCUAGAGCUUUGCACAGACUUUUCUGAUCAGAUACAGAAGUCAGAGGUGAAAAUCAAACCACGGAAAGGUCGCCCAAGGAAGAAAGCCGAGUCUUCCCUUCCCAAUUUAGAGGAUGAUGAAGAUAAGGGAAUCCUGAGCACUAGAUGGAUUUCCAAGGAACCUAUAGUGAGGGAUCUGGCCAACUCCCCGCCUCUCAAAACUCGGCCUCGCCGCUGGCUCUCCUCCCUGGACCAUGACUCUGACUGCCAGUGUCACUGCUGCUCUGAGCCAAGCCUGGGACGUGUUACUGCUCGGUGGGCAGCUAUACAGGCAGAUCUAGUUCUGAAAAUGGAUCCAAAUGAAGCCCGUGUCAGUUUGAAACUUCAAUGGGCAACAUUAGCCCGCUGUCAGAGUGUUUCUGCUAAACUUGGGGAAAAAUUGUCUAAACUUUACCCAGCUAGUAGUCCUGCCAAAUGCCUCUAUAGACCCUCCCUGAUGCAGGACAUAGUGGGCCGUGUGUACCUGCGCAUGGCCCUGUCUUGGCUGGAACCAGGGCUCAACAAGGUCAGUGGUAUAUGGAAAAUACUGGAGGCUGGUUUAGCAUUUGUUGAUUCCAAGCCCUGUCCAGACCUUAGACCUGUCAAAGCAGGACUAGUGGCGGCGAAGGCUCUAAUUUCAUUGGUUACCUUUGCUGCCAAGAAGGACUGCACCCCAGAGGAGCUUUUCUCAAAUGUUUGGACUUGGAAUGCACCAAAAAUGGAUGAAGAGCUAAAAUUGGAACAGAAAACAGUGCCUAACUCAUCCUGCAUUAAGAAGCCUAAAGAGACUCUUAAAACCCAAGACAUGCCUGAAAAAACAAAGGACGCAAAGAAGGUCAAAGUUGUCAAGCCCAAGACUCAAGUGACAAGCUCCUCUACCAAAGGAAAGGGACUGGUUCCCAUGACACCUGUACCAGUCAAGUCAAAGUCCUCUAGGAACCUUGGCUCUUUUGACUUUAACACGGUGGUUCCAACUUUGGCCUGUACUCCUGUUCAAAGACUGAAAGCCCCUGCUUCAGUGCAGAAAGCACCAAGGACUGUCCCAAAGCUGCAGUUUCAAGUCUAUAAAGAGUUGUCACCGGUUCAAGACAAGGCCCAACCUGUCCCUGCUGCCCCCAGACGCACAAAGAAAUCACGCUACAAGAUAGAGUUUAGUGACGAAAGUGACUCAGAAACAAAUAACCAGGCAGAACCCAAAGAAACUGAUAUCCCUAAGAAGCGAACCACAGCAAGAAGAGCCACCCAAAGCAGUAAAACAUCUUCGGAUCCUCCUGCGGAGAAGGUCCAACUCAAGAGGCAGGCAAAGGGUAAGAAGAGCUCUGCAGUAGCUCGGGCCACCUCCUCUGAAGAUGACGGGGCCUCACUUUGCCAGUCUGCCCCAACGACAAGAGGAAGAACCAGAAGGGUGCUGUCCAGGGCGGAGGCAGAUUCAAUGGAAGAGCCGGACACAAUGAGGACCAUCGAUGAGGAAUCUACAGAAGUCCUGGACAUGAGCAUUGAGCAGCUUAGGACAUCAGACACUGAAGAUAAUCCUGCUUCAAGUAAAGAUAUUGACAUCGAUUUUGAGGUUUUGAGGCGGGACAUGUGUUGUCAUCUGGAAAGAGACGACUUGUCUGAACUGAAAAGCAGAGGUCACCUGAGAGAAGGUCCACAAACUCACCUGUCUCAUUCAGACACCAGACCAGACAAUCUUUCUCUGGAGGAUGUUCAGACUCUGGUCCGAUCAGCCUGGUUGGCCCUUCAGCACUUCCCCAACCCCACCAUCUACACCACACUCAGUUCUCUUCUGGCCUUGACCAUGGGACAACAGGACCCCAUAACUACAGCGAUGUUGCACGCCCAGUCCUUGGGCAUCACAAGUCGCCAUCGCACAAUCAGGCAUUUAGCUAGUUGUCUCAAAAAGUUGAGAAAGUCGUCUGGUGAGCUGGCGGAGAAGAUGGAUACUCUGAGUCUUAAUGAGCUCAGUCCAAGCAAGACCAAGAACUCAACCGAGCAGAGGCUGUCACAGUUGGAGAACAUCUUCUCCUUCCCAACUGCUGAUUCCUCCACUUUCCCCAAGAGCCACUGUCAAGAGUUUAUGCAACAAAUUCAACACCUUCCCCCGGGAGUGACGGUGUGUGUAAUGUCUGUGCUCGGAAUCAAAGCUGGUGAGAUGGGUGACAGCAUCAUGCUGUCACGCCUUGAGAAAGGAUCUGCCCCUGUCACUGUUCACAUCCCAACCUCUAAACAGCAGCACCCCAUUAGUUGGUUGGUUCAGGAAAUCGAUAGUAUACAGGUGGAACAGAAGGCUGUGAGCUGCGUUUCUGAGAAAGCCAAGUGGUGGGAGGGCCGCAGGGCUCUGGACUCUAGAGUUGAGCGACUGCUAAAGGAGAUGGAGGGACUGUUGGGAUGUUGGAAGAGCUUUUUCCUGCCCCUUUCUUCAGACCCUGAGCUCUCCAAACAAGCCCGGCACCUUCACAAGUCGUUGUCUGCGAGAGGAGUGACAGCGAGUGAGGAGAUGCUGAAGGCUCUGCUUUCAGCCUCCCCUGUGCUCUCCGAAGAUGACCUUAAGCAAUUUUCUCUGGGAGUUUCUCCACAGCUGGAUGUGGAGGGUGACCAGCUUCUGCAUACAUCUGUUUCCCAGCUCGUUGACAGAGAGGAACCCAAAGGUCAUGUGGUUCUCAUCCUUGACAAGUACCUACAGAAGUUGCCCUGGGAGAGCAUCUCCGUCUUAAGAUCUUGCUCUGUCAGCCGGAUGCCUUCUCUGCACUCUCUCAUUGGACUAAUCAUUCAGAAAGAGGCUGACUCCAAGUGCAUCCUGAAGGAUGGGGUGGAUACAAGGCAGGUGUUUUAUGUGCUGGAUCCUGAUGCCAAUUUGGGGAAUUCUCAAGAUCGAUUUAAGGAAUGGUUCAGCAGUAAACUGGAUUGGGAGGGUGUGUGUGGAGUUGCCCCUGACUCGGGUCGGCUGGAAGAAGCUGUUGCAACCAAGGAUCUAUACAUUUUUGUGGGUCAUGGUGCAGGCGCACGAUUCCUGGACAGCCAGGCGGUCCUGAAACGGCAGAUGAGAGCAGCCGCUCUGCUCUUUGGCUGCAGUAGUGCCGCUCUGGCAGUGCGAGGAGAUCAGGAAGGACAAGGCAUCAUCCUCAAUUACCUCAUAGCAGGAUGCCCAUUUGUUUUGGGAAACCUGUGGGAUGUGACGGAUCGAGACAUCGACCGCUUCACAAAAGCUUUGUUAGAGUCCUGGUUUUCUGCCGGCUCUGGAGCGCCCCUCCUGGUUCACAUGGGUCCAUCACGUCAGGCCACACACCUCAAACACCUCAUCGGAGCUGCACCUGUGGUCUACGGCUUACCAGUCCACCUGCAGUAGAUCGUCUGAAAAGCCAAGAGUCUUCUAAAAGCAGGAUAUAAACAAUCCCUACAGAAUCUAAAUGUUAUAGUUUCAGCCAAAAACCUGGACAACUUGUAUUUAACUUGAAAUUUAAUACUAGUAUUUUUUUUUAAAUUUUUGACAGGAUUAAUUUGUUACUUUUCUUUUAUUUAUACCAAUGUUUCCAUUUUAAACCAAUGUUUUUAUAUUGGGAAUGAUUUUUAAUGUGUAUAUGCUUGAAUGCAUUUUUUAAAUGUUGAUUUAACAACAUGUUGUGAAUAAAAGUCUUUUCAUAUACAGUC